CGGGGGCGGCAGCCGGCGGGCUGCUGAGGGAAGCUGCAGGUCGCCCCCCGAGCUUUUGUGUGCAUGUCUCUUGCUUUUGCUGCUUAACUAAAAAUGAUCCGGCCCCCCCUCAGCUGCGGAGGAGCGAGGGAAUGGAAUCGCAUUUAUAGCGCCCGUGUGAUCGGGAAAGCACAGGACCCCAGAAGGAUGCAGUCCUCCUCACGGACAGAACAGCACAGGAAAUGUGUGUGAAGCUGGGAGCUGAGAGAAGCAGGCCUGGUGUCAGCAGCAGCUUGCACUGUUUGGAGCCAUGGGAUGCAGCAGUUCUGUACCUGACAGGAGGUCAGAGAACGUGAUUCGAGCUGCCAUCCUCAUCCAGAACUGGUACCGCUUUACCAUGGCCCGGCUGGAGACAAGGCGCCGCUGCUCCCUGAGCAUCUUUCAGUCCAUCGAAUAUGCUGAGGAGCAAGACCAGCUGCAGCUAUCCAACUUUUUUACCUUCAUGCUGGAUCACUGCACCCAACCUGAUUCAGUGUCCCACAUUUUCACCACGCCAGGUGCUCCCCAGGGGGUGGAUGAAGACUUGUGCUUAAGAGAGUUUGAAGUGCAGAUCGAUGUUCCUGACUCCUACUAUGGACCGCGGCUCUCAUUCCCCCUUACCGUUGAAGAUGCCAAUGCUCUUCUGCAUGCUUUCAGGAAUGAGCAGCUGCUUCAUGCCCGCUAUGUGCUGCAGCUACUCUGUGAAACCAGGAGGGUUCUCAAGGAGAUGCCAAAUAUCACUCAGCUUUCAACUUCCUACUCCCAGGAGAUAACUGUCUGUGGAGAUUUGCAUGGAAACUUGGAUGACCUUUUGCUGAUAUUCUACAAGAAUGGUUUGCCUUCAGAACAGAACCACUACAUCUUCAAUGGUGACUUUGUGGACAGGGGGAAGAACUCCAUGGAAAUUCUUAUCAUCCUCUUUGCCUUUCUGCUCAUCUACCCCAACCACCUGCACUUGAACAGAGGAAACCAUGAGGACUACAUCAUAAACCUGAGGUAUGGCUUCACAAAAGAAGUGGUGAAGAAGUACAAGGACCACGGGAAGCAGAUCCUGGGGCUUCUGCGAGACGUCUUUAGCUGGCUGCCCCUCGCCACUAUCAUCGACAGCAAAGUGCUCAUCCUCCAUGGAGGCAUCUCAGACACCACAGAUCUGGAGUUUCUCAAUGCACUUGAGAGAAAUAAGUUGAAGUCUCUGAUGCGGCCACCGAAGUCAGUGACAGAGAGGCAGGAGCAAGAGAAGGAAAGGAUUCCCACAGCCAGAGCCAGCCAACACAUUGCCAACCAGAAACCACAGCACAGCUCUUCAGCAGGCUCUGCUGAGCCUUCACGGACAAGCUUGCCUCCAGACCCUGCCCUGAAGGAGUGGAAACAAAUGCUGGACAUUCUGUGGAGUGACCCAAGGAGCCAGAACGGCUGCACACCCAACAAGCGGCGAGGAGGAGGCUGUUACUUUGGGCCUGAUGUCACUGCCAGGCUGUUUGAAAGGUACAACCUGAAGAUGCUCAUCAGGUCUCAUGAGUUCAAGCCUGAAGGUUAUGAGAUCAGCCACGAUGGGAAGGUCAUCACUAUCUUUUCUGCCUCCAACUACUACGAAGAGGGCAGCAACCGUGGAGCUUACAUCAAGCUGAGCCCGGAGCUGAGGCCGCGCUUCGUGCAGUACCAAGUCAGCAAGCAGACGCGGCGGAGGAACCUGCGCCAGAGGGUGGGUACAAUCGAAUCCUCUGCUUUAAAGUCCUUGAGAGAGAAGAUUUAUGCCCACAGGUCUGAGCUCACCACUGCUUUUGCACAGUACGACCACAAUGGCACAGGCACCAUUCCUGUCAGUGACUGGGCUGCAGCCAUGGAGUCUGUCCUGCAGCUGGACCUGCCCUGGAGGAUGCUGCGGCCUCAGCUAGCCCAGAUGAGCCCAGACGGAGAAGUUGACUUCAUGUCGUGUUUUUAUGACUUGAAAAUAGGUCAACCUCUGAAAGAGGCUCAGCCAGCGCUGGUGGAAACACUCUGCAGAUACAGAAAGGAUCUGGAGAUCAUCUUCAACAUCAUUGACAAAGACCACUCAGGUCUGAUUUCCCUUGAAGAGUUCAGCCAGAUGUGGAAACUCUUCACUUCUCACCUGGGCAUUGACAGAUGUGACGAGUCCAUUGACAAGUUAGUCCUCAGCAUAGACUACAACAAAGAUGGCCACAUUGACUUCAAUGAAUUCCUGGAGGCCUUUCAUGUGGUUCAUAGAUUGGAGAAAAAGGCAAACUCAUGAAAAGGAAGAGCUUCCUGGGGGCUGCCUUGGGAGCAGAGGCAGCCCAGGCUCCAGCCUGGCUGACAAGCAGGCUGCUGGAUGUGGUGAGCAGUGUGGCCACUGUGCAAGCCUUUAUUCAGUCCCUUCUGCCUGAGGCAGAAGAGACAAAACCCCACUGCUACUGCAUUCUUAUUACUGCCACUGCCACAGCAGCACCUUACAAUUUAUCCUCCUCCUUGGUGGCUUCUCCCCCAUCAGUUCAAUCUAGGAACACUGCCAAGGUCACACCUACAGCCCCACGGGAAGAGAAACUUUGCUGUGGUUCUUUCAGCAGUCCUUAAGUGACAGCUGAGGAACAGCACUGAGAAGCCCAAGGAACAUAUCAGCCCCUCCCUGGCCUUACAAUGGGCAAGGCAGAGGCUUGCUGCAGACUGCCCAGUCUGGGAGAGGCAAACAACCCUUGCAUGAUGCAGCUCCUGUCCUCCUUGAAGUUUACAGACACAGCUCAAAGGACCUUAGCUGAAAGCUGUUUACACUUGCACUACAUUUCCUCUUGCCACUGAUUACUUCUCCCUACCUUUGGUGGGCUGUGGAGCUCAGAACCAGUCCUAAUUCAUCACCUAACUCUGCAGCAUGAUGAUGUAAGAUGGAGGUGGCACAAUAAAGCUUCAGCUGUCACAGUCA